AAAUACGUGCAUAAUCUUUAUUCAGAAGGGGGAAGGGAAGAAGGAUCGGCCCCUUUAAAGGCCGUACCUACCCAUUCCUUUUGGAAAUGCGGAAUCUACUACUAAAGCCGAAUCUAGAGGACCAUUUAGGCCGGUCUUGCAAUUCCGAGUGACUGUUUCCGUUUGUUCCCGGGUGAGGUGGGGUGGGACCAGGUCGGUCGUCCCGCUUCCGUGGGCCGCCUGCCAAGCCCGCUUUUGCUCGGGCGACUUCAGAGCCCCCUGAACGCGCCGCAGCGCAGGCAGACGCGCCAACCGGCCGCAACCGGCCAGCGCCGUCUGGAAACUUCUCUCAGCUUCUCGAGAUCGAGGCUGCUGACUGAACCCCGGCGUCCCUCGGGCCUAGCUAAACGCGCCACUCGCCUCCCAGGGCGCUGCCUCGAAGGGAGCGGCCGCUUCUCCCUCAGACUCCUGUCCCGCCCUGUGAGGACCCGCGACCCGCAUCUCCGACCGCGCGACGCCUCAAAGGCACACCGGGUCGCUCAGUGUGCGCGCGCCGGCCGCCGUCGAGUCGCGCGGUCCCCAGCUGCGGGCCCUUAGACGAGGGCGCCGGCACCUCAGCUGUGGCCCGGGGGCGUGGCAAGGCCCCACUGCUUCUGUUUUCCCAGCUGGGGCCGGCUUUCGGUUUCGUUUCCUUCCAGCGAAACAGUGGGGCUGGGCCUGUGAACAACGCUGUCGUCCGUGCUAAGCCUCGGUCCGACAGCCAUGGCCCAGGCCGCGGUGGCGGUGGCAGAGGUGACCCAGUUGCUGUGCGCGGCGGGGGGCGCCUUGGAGUUGGCGGAGCUGAGGCGCCGCUUGCGAACCAGCCUGGGCGCCGACGCGCUGGAGCGGCUGCUGCGGGACCGCGGGCGCUUCGUGGUGGCCUCGCGGGAGGGCACGGGCCCGGCGACCGCGGCGGCGGCGGCCUCGGAGCGCGUGGUAGUGGCUGUGUCGUCGCUGCGUCUGUGCCGCGCGCACCAGGGCCCCAAGCAGGGCUGCACCGGGCUCUGCGCGCAGUUGCAUCUCUGCAAGUUUCUCAUCUACGGUAACUGCAAGUUCCUGAGGACCGGGAAGAACUGUAGGAAUGGUCACAACUUGAAGACUGAUCACAACCUGAGUGUGCUGAGGACUCAUGGUAUUGACCACCUCACGUAUACUGAGCUUUGCCAACUCUUACUUCAGAAUGACCCUUCGCUUUUACCAGAUAUCUGCCUACACUAUAACAAAGGUGAUGGACACUUCGGCUCUUGCUCCUUCCAGAAGCAGUGCAUUAAACUCCAUAUCUGCCAGUACUUCUUACAGGGAGAGUGCAAGUUUGGCACUAGCUGUAAGAGGUCCCACGAGUUCACUAACUCAGAGAAUCUGGAGAAAUUAGAAAAGUUGGGUUUAAGUUCUGACCUGGUGAGCAGGCUACUCUCUACUUACCGGAAUGCAUAUGACAUCAAGAAUAAGGGCUCAGCCCUCAGCAAAGUGUCCUCUUCUCCUGCAGGCCCACAGGGGACUUCUGAAAGAAAAGACAGUUCAGUGUCCCCAGGCACUCUUAGCCAGGAGGAGAGUGAGCAGAUUUGCUUGUACCAUAUUCGGAAGAGUUGUAGCUUCCAAGAUAAGUGCCAUCGGGUACAUUUUCAUUUGCCAUAUCGGUGGCAAUUCUUGGAUGGAGGUGAAUGGAAGGAUCUGGACAACAUGGAGCUUAUUGAAAAUGCUUAUUGCAAUCCCAGUAAAGACAGGAUUGUAUACACAGAGUCAGCCGCUGGCUUCCACUUUGAUAAUCUGGACUUUAACUCCAUGAAGCUUGGUCACACUCUGGCUCGCCGACUCUCCACAGCUUCCUCGGUCACCAAGCCCCCACACUUCAUCCUCACUACUGAGUGGGCUUGGUACUGGAUGGAUGAGUUUGGUUCUUGGCAGGAGUACGGACGACAGGGCACAGGGCACCCUGUGACCACCAUCAGCAGCAGUGAUGUGGAAAAGGCUUACUUGUCAUUCUGUGUUCCGGGGGCUGAUGCCCAGGCAGCCAUCUUGAAGUUCCAGGCUGGAAAGCACAACUAUGAGUUAGACUUCAAAGCCUUUCUGCAGAAGAACCUUGUGUAUGGCACUGUCAGAAAGGUUUGUCGCAGACCCAAGUAUGUGUCUCCCCAGGAUGUGCAGAUGAAGCAGUCCUGCAAUACUAAGUUACACGGCACGAAGAGCAUUCCAGACUACUGGGACCCUGCAGCCCUGCCGGACCUGGGAUUUAAGAGGAUCACUCUGAGUUCCUCCUCAGAAGAGUAUCAGAAGGUAUGGAACCUCUUCAACCGUACACUACCUUUCUACUUUGUUCAGAAGAUCGAGCGGAUCCAGAACCUGGGCCUGUGGGAAGUCUACCAGUGGCAGAAAGGCCAGAUGCAGAAGCAGAAUGGGGGGAAGGAAGUAGAUGAGAGGCAGCUGUUUCAUGGGACUAGCACCAACUUCGUGGACGCCAUCUGCCAGCAGAACUUUGACUGGCGGGUCUGUGGUCUGCACGGUACAUCCUAUGGCAAAGCGCAUACCAGCUGCCUGCAAGUCCCGUGGGAGGAAAUCUGGAUAUAAAUCACGAAGAAGGAGGAUUGGACAUCAGGUUACUUGUGGCUCCUCAGAAAGCCACAGGAAGGCCGUAGACUUCAGUCUUCAUGCUAGCAUCAGAAGAGCAAGAAGGAAGCCCUUGAAUUACUGAGCUGAUCUGGGUCAAGAGACCCUCAACUGCCUGGCAGCAACUUCGGGUGUUUGCUUCUGGGCCUGCGCAUUUUGGAUUAUAUCUGUACAUACACCUGUCACGUUUGUGGUUUGAAACAUCCCUUUCAGCUACCCUCAAAUCAUAAGCUUCUCUCAAAAAUGACAAAAGCCA